UGUGUAGUGUGAGUAGCCGUGGUAUUCUUGAACACAUCCCAUUUUCAGUCGCGGGUAAAUUGCUAACGAUACAUCGUCAGGAGUUACUGAACUAUUUGUGUGUUUUAAUAAGUGACGCACAUUUUAUAUAGCGUAUGGUGUUCGAACGUUCAUUCCCCCGGUUUGUUUUGGUCGCUGUUUAAACUGUUCCAGCAGCAGUUGAGCUCCAGUCUGCACCGCGACCACAGACGGAGGAAGAGGAUGUCGCGCGGCAUUGAAGACGAGGGGGAUAGUAAUAUGGGCAUUGACACUGACUCGGAUGCAGCAGAGAAGAAGGAUGGUACCAAAUGUAGAAACAAAUGGACUCAGGAAGAGGAUGAAAAUCUCAAAAUCCUGACCAGCAACAUUGGGCAAAAAGAUUGGAAAACCAUUUCCAGUUUUUUACCGGGGCGGACAGAAUACCAGUGUAUGCUCCGCUGGAAAAAGCACCUAAAUCCUGAUUUAGUCAAGGGAUAUUGGUCCAAAGAAGAAGAUGAAAAGAUAAUUCAGCUGGUGAGCAAGUUCGGAACCAAACACUGGUCUAUGGUUGCCAGGCACCUGAAGGGACGGAUGGGCAAACAGUGUCGUGAGCGCUGGAGCAACCACCUGGACCCACUGAUCAGAAAGACCUCCUGGACCCAGGAAGAGGACCUCAUCAUCUACAAAGCCCACUGCCUUCUGGGAAACCGGUGGGCCGAGAUUGCCAGGCUGCUCCCUGGAAGGACAGACAAUGCUGUGAAAAAUCACUUCAACUGCACUAUUAAACGUAAAGCAGAGUUGGGCUUGCUCAAAGACGACACUGACAGCAUUUCCCUUGAUAUUCAGCAGUUUGUGGAAGGAGAGGUGGACUUCAAGUGUGAUGUUGUAUUGGACACUGAACCAGUAAUUCCCAAAGUGAUCAGGCCAGAGAAAGAAAAGAAGCAGGAGUGUCACAAAGUGAAGCAGAAGACUGCUGUUCUGCUUCCACAGCCUUCAGCAUCCAUAAGUCCCUCCUUGCCCCCCACUUUGAGUUCCAGCCCCAGCUCUAGCUCUGGCGCUGCAUCAGCAGCUGCAGCAAUCGACCAGAAAAAAUUUGUCAAUGCAGCACUGAGGAUGAUCGCUGAAGACAUGCUGCCCCUCAGUUUUGUGGAAGGCACCGGCUUUAGGUCAUUCAUAAGUACCAUCAGCCCUGAAUGCAGCAAGCUAUCCCAGCGUGUCAUGGGCCUCCAGCUCUACGAUGAUGUGGAGAGAACCAUCAAGCCUCAGCUCAUCCGCGACCUUAAAGCCUGCCUUGCCAAAACCAAAGAUGGUGAGGACGCCAUUCAUGUCACCUUUGAUCUCUGGGCAGGAGAUCAAUCCCAUCCAGUGGAGGAGCCCGUCGUUGUCGUGCAGCUCCACUUUGUCAGUGACACCUGGCAGAUCCGCCGCCCCAUUGUGGCCUUCCGCCACCUGAGCCACAAAAACCUCAGCACCGCUGUGGCCAGGGAGCUGGAAGGUGUGCUGCUGAGCUACGGCAUCUUUCCUCGCAGCAUUGGCUACGUCAUCACCAACCAGGCCAAAGCAGCCCUGGCUGGGAACAACUUGUUCUGCGACUACAAGAUCAUGUGCUCAUCCAACAGAGGAGAACCAGAUGGAGAUGAGAUGGUGGCAUUUCUGUCGGACCAGAUGUCUGAAACAGAGUCCCCUUUUUCAGAGCUGCAGAUUGGGACCAGGACAAUCUGUGUGGCCCAAACAUUGCAGCUUGUGAUUAAGGAAGCACUGAAGAACUCCCGUGUUGUGGAAAACUUGCUCUUGCAGGUCCACAAUGUGGUGGCUUUUUUUAGAAGCAGCGCCUACUGGAGUGAGGUCUUGUUGAAGGAGUGCAACGUGUCCCUGUGCCCUUCCUCCAGUAACUGUCGCUGGAACUCCAUGAUGCUAUCUUUACGCCGCAUGGUGCAGGAGUCCACCUGGAGCGCCAUUAUGACUCUCCUAGCCCAGGCCCGCAUAGAGGCCAAUGACACAGCCAGCGUCCCGCCUCUGAUCAUGGCCAAGAGGGAGCAAGUGAUUGACAUCAUGGGUCUGCUUGAGCCCUUUGAGGAGGCACUGCAGGUCCUGCAAGGGAAUGGAGUGACCAUCUCUUUUAUUACACCUUCCCUCAUCGGCCUUGAUAAGACCUUGGAGAGCCUUGUCACCAACUACACCCACUUCAACAAGGCCCUGCGCACAGGCCUCCACACUCACUUCCAGUCCCUGAUUCACCAGAAGGACAUGAUACUAGCUUCUGUGCUGGACCCAAGGAUCAAACUGCAGCCAUUUUCUGAUGCCAAACUGGAGCACCAGACAGAUUUCUUAACGCCCCCCUCGAAGUACGAGGCUCGAUCCAUUGUGGAAGCUGCAAUAGGAAGCAUGGAGGCCUCAGCAUCUUCCCCUGUAGAAGCGGAUAAAGACCAAACAGGCAAGGACUUGAAGGAGCCGGAUGGUGAAGAGGAGACCCCAGACGACAUGGUGAUUGAGCAAUCUGGGGCCAGCUCAGAUGACAACACCUGCGACGGAGUCAGCAGAAAGGACCUCAAGCGCAAGUCUAUCUUUAAUUUCCUCCAGCCGCCUGCAAAGACAGUGAAGAUGACGGAGCUUGAUGUGUACCUCUCGGAACCACUGUGGGAAAGCAACUCCAGUGUGCUGUAUUGGAAAUCUGCGACUCGCUUCCCCCUGCUCCAGGGCAUAGCUAAGAAGCUGCUGGCAAUACCGGCCACAUCAGGGGGCUUCGACCGGCUGUGUCCGAUGGCAGCGUGUAUUGUAAAAGCCAAGAGGAACCGGCUGCCACCUCACACCACAGAGAGACUGCUUCUAUACAAAAACUCUUUAAAGACUGUAAAGGCUGUUAAAAAGCCCAGUGGGGUUGCCAAACAUUGAUAGGUUAAGUGACUUUUGGGUCUGGUUGUGUCUUCCUCCACAGAUGAGAAUUAACACAAUCCCUCAAUUAAAUUUCUUUAGUAGUCAACAGCAGGAAAAUAUAUUAAAAGUAUAUUGAAAAAGGGGCUAAUCUACUCAGAAUAUCUCUAUUGAAAUAAUAAAAUCUAGCUCACCUUUGCCCUUCACACAAAGUAACUGAACUGCAUUCCAGAAAAUAUGUAAAAUAAAGACUAAUUCAACACUGUAAGAAUCUGAUGUUGCCUUUAGGACACAUAUUCUUUGAAGACCUUGUGCUGCUGCUGACUUCUCACAGGCAAAAGAGAAAAUAAAGCAUCUUUGGUCAGAGUCGUUGCAGCAUGUGUAGGGUUUCUAAUUUGCUAACUGGCUCCUCCUAAGAAGACACUGCGAGGCACACAUUCCUUUAUGCUGUUGAAAUAAUUUGAAAGUUGCUACAAUCAAAUCAGCAAUAAAGUACUACACAUCACACUUCUACAGCAGCCUGUGUUCCUCUUUAUGCAGAAAAUGGAUAUUUAUUGCUGUACUCUUUCGCAGGUAGAUGGCUAUUGUACCAUUUUUUGGUACACAAUUAAAUGAGAAAUCCCAUAUUUGUGGCCUUUUAUUUUCUUAUUUUACAAUUUGUUUAUAAUACUAUUUGUUAUUGGUCAGCAAUGCUCAAAACUUGCAACAAUGUUUUUCUCUCUUUUCUCAAGAGUCUUGAUGAUCGACUGUUUAUGCUCUUAACUGAAUUAUAAUGUAUGAUGGGGGUUGAUGGGAAAGGUAAUUCUGCAUCGAACUUUGACAUCAUUAUACAGGUCGGCUUUUAAAGAAAGUAAAGUUCACUUUGAAUGACAGCUCAAAUAUCCAAUCCGAAUGAACUUGUAUUAAUUAAUAAAGCUAUUUUCUCUACAGUUUCCCGUAUCUG